UGAUGCGAAUUUUCAUCCCGUUAUCAAACGUGUCCAUCAUGGGGUUGGUACUUCUAAAAUUUGUGCUGCUAACUUUCGCCCCUUGCACGCCGCCCUUCAUCCUGUCGAUGCUAUCCGACUGUAAAGUGUUGAAGGGGCAGUUUGAAUUCUGGGAACUAUUGGGACUCCAUUUAUUCGAAUCUUGGAUGUUGUGGCAGAUGAUUUUCGCGGGUUCGUGGCUAUGCUUGUACAUUAUCUUUGUGGGGAUCGAUUGCUUUCUGAGUUACCUGCGCGUUUUGGAGAGGCAGAUUGGCCGAAUUUCACCCAGAAGUGAAAUAGAAGCCGACAUCGGACUCUACCGCAUGAUUCAAAUUUUGGAAAAGCAAUACAACGCGCUUCUCAUGCAUCGAACCGUGCCCGCCUUGCUAAUCUGCUGUCCCGGCCUUCAAACGAUUGUCCAAUAUGUUUGCAUAAGUCAUCACGAGGACAUCGCGAUGCCAGGAUUCCUAGCGUUCCCAUUGAUGGGGUUGAACGCCAUAAUUGUGAAUAUAUUGUGAUCUUCACGUUGGCGUCCUUGGUCAACUCGGCGUCGGAAAAUGUAAUGGUCGAGUUACGAGAAAAGGCGAUAAGUUUGCAGAACAGGGGUUUAAUUAAGAGAAAACUGCGUACCUGCACCGUGCUGAAGGUCAGGUUUGGGUCGAAGUUCAUCGAUCGUGGAACCCCACUGAUCAUUCAGACAUUCUGCUUAAACCAGACGGUGUCACUAAUUCUAAUUUCAUCCGGAUAGAGGAGUGGUUAAUUUGGUGGUAAUUAAUAAUUAAUUUGGCAGGUUAUACGUACUUGGAUAGUACUAAAUUAAUAUUGUAUGUGUUAUAUACUUCUUAUAGGUAUGGAUUGUGUGAAUGUAUAUUUAUAUGUGACAAAUUUAGACUGUA